CUUUGCCUUGGCUGCUCCACUUUAAAUACCUUUGCACAGAUCUCUGUACACUGCAGUUAAGUCAGAAGGCUUCACCUGCUGUAGUGGAGGGGCCUCCCUCUGUGGGUAUUGCUGCCUUUGCAACAUGGACUCACAGCACUGCAAAAUGAAUGGGGACUCUUUCCAGGAAUCUAGCUACAUUGAAGACUCCCCCAGUAAGAAUGGUGUGAUUUCUUUGAUUUUCUCUCUGAAAGAAGAAGUCGGGGCAUUGGCUAAAGUCCUGCGCACAUUUGAGGAAAAAGGUAUUAACUUGACCCACAUUGAGUCCCGACCUUCCCGUCUCAACAAAGAUGAGUAUGAAUUCUUCAUUAACUUGGAAGGCAAGAAUGUCCCAGCACUGGACAAGAUCAUCAAGUCCUUGAGAAGUGAUAUUGGAGCAACAGUCCAUGAGCUCUCACGAACAAAGGAGAAGGACACUGUACCGUGGUUCCCAAGAAGUAUCCAGGAGCUGGACAGGUUUGCCAAUCAGAUCCUAAGCUAUGGAGCAGAAUUGGAUGCUGAUCAUCCUGGGUUCAAAGAUCCCGUGUACCGGGCCCGGAGGAAGGAGUUUGCGGAUAUCGCCUACAGCUACAGACAUGGCCAACCUAUUCCUCGUGUCACCUACACGGAAGAAGAAAAGAAAACUUGGGGCACUGUCUUCAGGGAGCUGAAGAGUCUGUAUCCAACUCAUGCUUGCUAUGAACACAACCAUGUGUUCCCACUGCUGGAGAAGUACUGUGGCUACAGGGAGGACAAUAUUCCCCAGCUUGAAGAUAUUUCAAAUUUCUUGCAGAGCUGCACUGGGUUUCGGCUGCGUCCCGUGGCAGGCUUGCUCUCCUCCCGGGAUUUCCUGGCCGGGCUGGCGUUCCGCGUGUUCCACUCCACGCAGUACAUCCGCCACUCCUCCAAGCCCAUGUACACCCCGGAGCCUGAUAUUUGUCAUGAGCUGCUAGGACACGUGCCUCUUUUUGCUGAUCCCAGUUUUGCUCAGUUUUCCCAGGAAAUUGGACUGGCAUCUCUGGGAGCUCCAGAUGAUUUCAUCGAGAAACUUGCUACGGUUUAUUGGUUUACAGUUGAGUAUGGACUUUGUAAGGAAGGAGAUUCCCUCAAGGCAUAUGGGGCAGGGCUGCUGUCUUCAUUUGGGGAGCUGCAGUAUUGUUUAUCAAGUAAGCCUGAGAUUCGGCCUCUUGUCCUGGAGAAGACUUCUGUGCAGAAGUACUGUGUUACUGAGUUCCAGCCUCUCUACUAUGUUGCUGAAAGUUUUCAAGAUGCAAAAGAAAAGCUAAGGAAAUUUGCUCAAACAAUCCCUCGUCCUUUCUCUGUCCGGUACAAUCCCUACACACAGAGGAUUGAAGUCUUGGACAAUGCAAAGCAGCUGAAGAACUUAGCUGACACCAUCAAUAGUGAGAUUGGGAUCCUUUGCAAUGCCCUCCAGAAGAUCAAAUGAAGAUUUGCUGUAACUUGCUAGUGACUAGAAGCAGUCAUGUGCAAGUGCCAGUCUUGAUCUAGUCUCAGUCUAUUAUCUUCCAGUGAACUUCAUCAAUAAUUAUGUUAUAUAUCUUAAUCAGUAGAGAUUAGCAGAGAAACAGACAUCUAUAGGUGACCCUCAACUCUUCUGGCCUUCAGACACUAAUCCAUUUUUUUCUCACUAAUGUAUAAAAAAUUACAUUAUUCCUGGGAACUGGGGGAAGUCUGUGUGUGUUUUGUGCCAAAGGUUAGCAGAAGGAGAUCUUCACCAUGCAGAGCAUAAUCUGCUGCACCUGUGAGCUCUGGGAGCAGGGAUGGGAUGUCAAUGAUGACCAGAGUGAUCCACCUUGCCUUCUCUCACAGUCUCUCUCCACUCAGUGCCUCCCAUUUGUCCAAGGUUCCCAUGGAUCUGGAAGUCCACACCUUUCAGGAGAUACAGGGAGAACUGUCAGGGUACAAGGGGAGAUUUCUCUUAACAGGCACACUCAGCUACUCACAGUGGAUGGCUGAUGUGUGAAGGUUACAUUUUUUUGGUGUGUGUCCUUCCCUGAGAGGUGUCUCUUUCUAGUCUCACAACCUAGGAGGUGGAUACCAGCACCUUGGCAAUGCAGAGUGCCUAUUACAAUGCACCUGAAGACCCCAGAGCCUUCCAACUCUUAACUCACUGUGUCUGUGCCUAGAGACCCCACCAAAGCCAGGGAAGGCCUGGCUCAGCUGUGCCCCAGUCUAACUGUAUUCAAACCCAAACAUGUUAUCUUCCAAGGCAGGUCCUAAGUAAUGACACCUUUUUGUAUCUCCACUGCCCAUCUGAGCUUUAAUCUCCUUUUGGUGUUUUUGUUUGGGUCUUUUUGGUGUUGUUUCGUUGUUUUUGGUUUAUUGGCUUUUUUUUUGGGGUUGGUUUGGUUUGGUUUUUUUGUUGAAAGCAGUUUUAUUUUUCCUGGAGUAUAUCUCAUCUGUGUCAGCAAAUGGAACCAAAGGUGGCUCCAGCUCAACGCAAUGGCAGAGUGUGGAGAGAGAAGAGUUUUGCUCUUCAGGAAGCUCUUUCUGUAUUUAUCCAAUAAAUUUCACUCAAUCAGCUAAGUGUCCUCUUGGACUGGUCCACAUUGCACAUCCUCCCUGUAGCUCCCUGGUUGAAGGAGGGAACUUAGACUUGGAACAUUGGAGCAGAACGGAGCAAAGAAAAGCUGACCUGCAUUUCCAGCUUGAAGCAAUUGUGCAUCAUGACACUAACAUGGCUCAGGGGUCACAUUUCUGUCAGAAGAUUGAAAGAUGGAGAGGGAUUUGAAAGCCCAAGAGUCUCAUACCUGUGAUAGUACUAAUUUUGUACUUAUAGUUUAAAAAUCAAUAUGGCUUUAAUGUAAGCAUCCUCCUUUAGGAAGAUAGAAAGUACAGUUCUUUUCAUUACAUAUAUGGUAGGUAAUGACAUUAAUUUAAGGAAACCAGCUGGAAUCCUUUUCAAUAGACAUAUAUUUAUGCAAAAUGGUAUCAUUUUGGUGCUUUGAUGUAACCUUUUUAAUCUCAGUAUCUUUUUAUUCCUUUUUUUCUCAUCACAAUGUCUCUCUAGAUCUUUCAAUCCCACUUGACAUGUAUUUUCAGUGUGAAAGUAGCUCAUAUUCUUCUCUCUUAAUAUAAUAGGACCCAUGAGGUAACUGUAUACUACAAAGAGGCAAUUUCAUCCCAAGGGUGAAGUCUUUCAAACUAAUCCUCAGACAGCUUUCCAAGCUCCUCUGCUUCUGGCUUGAACGACAGCAGCAGUAGUUCUAUAGUGAUAUUGAGAGCUCAGGAUUUUCUUUCAUGUGCAAGUGGAAUAGUUAGAGAAUAUUGAUGCCACAUGUCUGAUUCUCUGUUCCUUAAUGAAGGUUUAAAUGAGCAAUAGCUCCAGCCAAAGCAGCAUAACAUGGCUGCUCAGCUAGACAGAUGAGGAAAAAUUCAAUGUUCAGCAUUUUAAAAGCAGAGGAAAUGUAUGGAAAGCAGAUUUUCUUGCAGAACAAAUAAUCUUGUACCUAAAUACUUUAAAUACUACAAAUAAAUCACAUUUUAAAUAGUA